AUGGCUAAAUCUGUCUCACUUCAAAAGCUUGUAGGGAGCGUUGAACAUGCUUGCGGAACCAUCGCCAACCUUCUCAUCGACUUGGGGAAAUCCGCCGAACUGAGCCAAGCUAGUUUACUACCUAUGGCCGCAGAAUGCCUAACGGCAAAGGAAGUUCUGACGAAUUUAGGAGCACUCUCAACACCUAUAGGGCCUUUGGGAUCUGACUCAACACAUGACCAAGUUGAAGAACUUGAGCCUUGUUUUGAAGUCAUUCUACAUUCAAUAUCCGAAAUUCUCCUUGACGUUGACCACGAAAUUACUCGCCUACGUCGAUAUCACAAAUGGGGAGACCCUCUUGCUUCUUCGAAACUCGUUCCGGUUUUACAAGACUUUCUCAUAGAUGCUAGAUUCGGUCUGCGGAGGAAUCGAUCUUCCUUGUGUCUUAUGGUCGAUUGUCUUCAAAGGGGAAGUUUGUUUGGGGCAACCAUUCAACUGGUCGAUUCAAAUUCCGCGAUAUGCCGUCCGUUUGAGAGGAUAACCGGACCAUCAGGGUUACAACCUUUAGUAGCGAUCGAGCUGCGUAAAGUUUCAGCCCAACCAGACGUGCGACAUCUACUCGUCAAAUACCGACCCAAGAGGAAACAUACUCGUGAGAGAGGACAUAAAUUUGUUCGUAAGUUACACGAAGCUAUCUCCAAACGCGAUCAUAGCGCAGUCCAUAAGAGCCUCUCAGCUAAGGUUAGCCCGAACACACCGCUCGAACACUCCGGUAGUGUACCGAUCCAUCAAGCUUUGGGUGAAGUAGAGGCGUCGCUUGCUUCUGAUAACAAGACAGCUGCGGGAAUAUCGGCGUCGAUCGUUACAGCACUAGUCGUCGCAGGCGCAAAUCUUCAGACGUUGGAUGAAAAUGGGCGGACUCCGCUAAUCCGGGCUGUCAUGAACGAGAUGCCGGAUUCUCUGAUAACCUUGAUGCUGGAGUUCGGCGCCCUUGUGAACGCUAAAGAUUGGCAAAGGAACACCGCUCUCCAUCAUGCAGCGACUAAAGCCCCCUCCGAUGAAAUGGGAAAUAUCAACACCGUUCGAAUCCUGCUAGCCCACGGAGCGGAUCAGAGUUUUAGGAACAAAAGAGGACGUACACCUCUACACGAGGCUGUCUCAUUUGAGUGUUUUGAUCGGGUUCGAGAACUGUUGGAUUAUGGUGCCGAUUUCGACGUAACCGAUAACAAUGGAUGGACUCCUUUAUUUGGAGCGGUCACCCAAGGAAACACGGAGGUGACAAAGCUCCUAUGCGACCGUGGCGCCGUAGUUGAUAAGAAGGACAAGAACAGCCAGACUGCUCUUCAUUAUGCCAUAUCUCAAGGAUCUCUGGAAAUCACGAAGGUUCUCUUAGACGCCGGAGCGGACGCUAACCUCAUCUCUAAAGGCGAAACACCUCUCUGUCGAGCAACGUCUAAAUCUCACUUGGAACUUGUCAAGCUUCUUUUGUCACAUGGUGCUGAUGUAGCUUUGCCCUCGCCAGGGUAUUACGGUGCCUUACCAAUCCAUGUUGUUGCUAUGGGAAACAAUGUGGCCAUCUUUGAUGUUCUCCUAGAAGGAGGGUCUCCUAUCAAUGCGGUGGAUGACGAACGUCGUACCCCUUUAAGGUGGGCAAUGGAUGGGGGGAAGAAUGAAUUCGUGCAUUUCCUAUUGAAUAAGGGAGCUGCAAAAUAG